CGGUAAUGCGCACCGAAAAGUUUGUUGCCAACCGCCAAUAAGCUCCACAAGAAGAAGACGAUUUUGGAGUCAGUCUCGUGUCUUGAGCGUUUCUAUUUGCGACGAGCUCUUUAAAAAUAAGACAGAAGCUUUUUCUAGCCGCUGUGAAGUUCAAGGGGAUCCUAAAAUGACGGGUCGGGCACGCGCAAGAUCAAGAGGCAGAGCACGUGGUCAGGACACAGCGCCUGGAGCGAGCCAGGCCCAUGAGCCAGCACCAGCCCCUGCCCCUCCAUCCGAGGGGGAGCUGGUUGGUCGAGGUCGGCAGAAGGGUGUUCCUGGAGCCAUAGCCAGAGAAGAUGUCCUACAGAUUUCAGCUGGAUUUCAGCAAGUGAAGCUGGGAGAACGCGGUGGACGCCGACGGGACUUUCACGAUAUAGGAAUAUUCACCAGACAAGCAAUGGAGCAUGUGAAGGAUUCAAAGACCGGAUCGUCUGGUUCGAGCAUAAAGUUGACCGCCAACUACUUCCGGAUCAUGUCUCGCCCUCAGUGGGUCCUGUAUCAGUACCACGUGGACUUUAACCCCCCAAUGGAGUCGAGGCGCCUGAGAUCUGCUCUAGUCUUCCAUCAUAAAGAAGUGCUUGGUUCAGCGCUGAGCUUCGAUGGAGCUCUGCUUUUCCUGCCUAACCGACUGCACAGCAAGGAGACAGUACUCCACAGUGAGACGAGGAAUGGGGAGAAGGUUCAGAUAACCAUCACUUUGACGAACGAGCUGCCACCCACGUCACCAGUGUGUAUUCAGUUUUACAACAUCAUAUUCAGAAGGAUCUUGAGACUCCUCCACAUGCAGCAGAUUGGACGCAACUACUACAACCCCCAGGAUCCAUUCGAGAUUCGACAGCACAGACUAACUGUUUGGCCGGGGUACUCCUCCUCCAUCCUGAAUUACGAGUCCGCCGUCAUGAUGUGCACCGACGUGAGCCACAAGGUGCUUCGCAGUGAGACUGUGCUCGACUUCAUGACCAACCUGAGGCAGCAGGUUGGAAGUCAGCGCUACACUGAGAUCUGCGCCAAGGAGCUUAUUGGCCUGAUCGUCCUCACAAAGUACAACAACAAAACUUACAGGAUUGAUGACAUUGCUUGGGAUCACAACCCCAGCAACACGUUCACCAGGGGAGACACACAAAUCUCCUUCAAGAACUACUACAAGAACCAAUACGGUUUGGACAUCACCGAUGGGAACCAGGUGCUGCUGGUCAGCCAUGUGAAGAGGAUGGGCCCUGCUGGAGCGCCCCCACCUGGCCCAGCUAUGCUUGUGCCAGAACUGUGCUUCCUCACAGGCUUGACCGAUAAGAUGCGAAGUGACUUUGCCAUAAUGAAGGAGUUGAGUUCGCACACCAGACUAAACCCAGACCAGAGGGAGACACGGCUCAACAGAUUUAUAACCAGCAUUCACAAGAACACUGAGGCCCAGGAAGAGUUGACGAAGUGGGGAAUCAGCUUCGAUAAGCAGCUUCUCAACCUGACGGGCAGAGUCCUCAGAGGAGAGAGGAUUUUCCAAGGAUCGCAAUCGUACGAGUACAACCCCCAGUCAGCGGACUGGUCCAGAGAAAUGCGUGGCCUGCCUGUGAUGAGCGCUCCUCCACUGGAGAACUGGCUUUUGUUUCACUCCCGCCGUAACAGCAACGAGGCGCAGUCCCUCAUGCAAACCCUCCACAAAGUCUCGGGUCCCCUCGGUAUCCGCAUGCAGAGGCCUACUGUGAUUGAGUUUGAAGAUCAUCAGCUGGCUCUCCUCAAAGCUCUGCAGCACAACGUUGUACCCGAAACACAAAUGGUGGUGGUUGUCCUUCCCAACCUCAACAAGGACAAGUAUGACAGUGUAAAGAAGUACCUUUGUCUGGACUGUCCAACUCCAAGCCAGUGUGUGGUGGCCCGCACCCUGAGCCGACCUCAGGCUCUCAUGACCGUGGCAACCAAGAUUGCUCUGCAGAUGGCCUGCAAGAUGGGGGGAGAGCUGUGGAGUGUGGAGAUCCCUCUCAAACAGUUGAUGAUCGUGGGCAUCGACUGCUACCAUGACAUGUCCUCUGGGAAGCGCUCCAUCGGCGCUCUGGUGGCGAGCCUGAACCCCACCAUGAGCAGGUGGUACUCAAAGUGUGUCCUGCAGCACAAAGGUCAGGAAAUCAUGGAUGGACUGAAAAUGGCCUUAACUGGUGCCCUGAAAGACUACCUGAAGUUCAAUAACUGCCUCCCAUCACGCAUCAUUGUGUACCGGGACGGCGUAGGAGACGGCCAGCUGCACAGCGUCGUCAACUAUGAGGUGGCACAGAUUAACGACUCCAUCAGGUCCAUGGGCCAAGACUAUGAGCCUAAGUUAAGUGUGGUGGUGGUCAAGAAGCGCGUCAGCAGCAGGUUUUUCACCAAUAUCGGGGGCAAGCUGACCAACCCUCCACCCGGCACCGUCAUCGACACAGAGAUUACCCGUCCGGAGUGGUACGACUUCUACAUCGUGAGCCAGGCCGUCAGGUGUGGAAGCGUGUCGCCAACACACUACAACGUCGUCUACGACACCAGCGGACUCAAGCCUGAUCACAUGCAGCGGCUCACGUACAAGCUUUGCCACAUGUACUACAACUGGCAGGGAAUCAUCCGGGUACCUGCUCCCUGCCAGUACGGCCAUAAGCUGGCGUUCCUUGUUGGGCAGAGCCUUCACAAGCAGCCCAACGUGAAGCUCGACGACUAUCUUUUCUACCUUUAAGAACCAGUUUGUCCUGUUCACUCUAGUUUCCCGUGUGAUUUUCUGUUAGAAAAGCCUGUUUACAUGGUACCAGACAUGUUAAGUUGUCUUCAGGGGCACAGUUAGAUAUCUUUAACUAAAAGUCAAAAACGGCUCUUUGCUGUCUCCUUGUUCACCAGAUGGAUAUUUUUUUUUCAAGCAAAAUGUUAGUUGAUAUCAAAAUGGAUGAAUAGAGAUUUCUGGAGUUGACUGAGUAACAUGUUAAUUUGUAAUUCUCAAUAAAUGUUCUUCAGUGUC